CUCGUCACGUCAAGGACACAUGGACGCCCCGUCAUCGCAGCGGGCAGAGGAAGCAGUAUUCGGUUUAUCCCACUGAGGGACGCGACUGUACGCCUUGACGCGUCAUCUUAAAACAAUCAACAAUUUUUGGUUGCACCUCUCGCUGUGAGGAUGAGGGGUUGCUGGUGCGUGACGCUGGUGGUGGUGCUGUGCGCCGCGGCAGGUGCUGCAGGCUGUGGAAGGCAUGCUGCCACCACCACCAUAGCACCACCUACAGUAGAGCCAGAGAUUCAGACAGUAAGAGCAUCCUCCCAAAAUCGUGCAGGAGGAAGCAGGAGACAAGGAGGAAGUAGAAGCAGAAGUUCAACAAAUAGUGUCAUGUCAACUGCUCAGCUGCGAGCUGCAAGUGAAGAGCUGUUGGCUUUAGAUACAGGAAUGACCCAGCCAUCCACCAAUGUGCAGGGCCAGACCUCAGGCAGUGCUACAGGGGAUGCUGCACCACGCCCUUUGUUCACAUCUGUGCCAGGCACAUCUCUGUCCAAGGACACUGUAAGACUCAUGCAGCAACUCCUAGAUAACUAUGAGCCACAAACAACAAGACAGGAAACAAUAACCAAUGCUGAGAGAGCUGAAGAGAAUCAAUUCCUACAGGCACUUAUGCAGACUCCUGUCAUGCAGAAACUUGAGACCAUUCUGCAGCAAAAAGAUCUCCUUCAGGGCAGACUCCGAGACAUACUCAAGCUAAUCUGGUUCACUCCAUACACUCGAGGUGGUCGACACCUUGCAUCAUCUGGCUUUGAGCAUGUGUUUGUUGGGGAGGUGAAGAACAGGAAGGUGUCAGGCUUCCACAACUGGUUAAGUUUCUUGAAGGAGGAGAGAGAAGGUGACCUUGACUAUAAAGGUUACAUUAAAAAGCUAGAUCUGGGUAACAAGGGUGAAAUAAUCAAGAUGAGGUUUGUGUGGCUGUCUGAUACCAAGCCUGUUGGAACAGUGUUUAUAGGUACUACCCCAGAGCUGGAGAUGGCCCUCUACACCCUCUGCUUCCUUGCCAAGCCAAACUCUCGAUGCCCAGUUCAGCUUGCUGGAAAGAAGUUCCAGAUCCAAACUUGGACACAGUCUUACCAAGGCAAAACUUUGGUGGGUAGUGCUUACCCAGAGAUAUAAUCCAGAGUAUAUGAAUGUACACACACUCAGAAAGAUAUCAUUACAGUGUGGUGUGAUGAGUUCCACAAUGAACAACCAAGUAGUCUCAGUAGGGCUGGUAAGCAUGUCAGUUUAUAGGGUGCCAAAUAGGAUCAAGCAGAACACACAUGGGAGAAGCACUGAAUAUAGCUAAUAUCUAUCCAGCAAAUAUAUAUUGUUUCAUUUAUGAGUGCCUCUCAUUUGACUCUUGCAGGUGCAGCUGCACUAAAUAUGUGCAGGGAUACUGACAUCCAUCUUUGGUGUCAAUUUGUAUCAUGCUGAAUGUGUCAUGAUAGUUCUUUGAGUGUGUGUACAUACAUGCUGAGUUUUGAUGCCAUAAUGGUCUUAUCACAUUAUCUUGCAGGUGCUGAGCUAUUAUCUGUUUUAUAAGACAU